AUGAACGGCUUUCGAAAAACUGGCAUUGCGCCAUUUGAUCGAAAUGCCAUUUCUGAUGAAAGUAUUGCCCCAUCAUUGAUGCAGCCAAGUGACCUACAGUCACAGAAUAUUGAAUCUUCCACUGAUAAUGCCCAAGCUUCUGCUGUCAAUCGUGAAACUGCGUCACCUUCAGUUUUCUCUUUACUUUCCGUUCCUGAGGUACCACAGUCUUCUUCUUCUAGUACCCGACGAGCUAAGCGGAAUCCACAGGCCCGAUAUUUAACACCUCAAAGCACGAACAACAUGGACAGUCCUGAAGAAAACAUCGUCGCCAUAUCAUACGAAACCACAGUCGCCGUUACCAGUGAGGAGACCGUUACCUCGAUUCGUGUCCCCUCUGCUUCUCCAACUCCUGGACCUUCAACUGAAAGCAACCUACCGUACGUACGUAAACUACCAAGAGUCAAGGUAGAGAAAACACCAAAAUCAAAUAAAAGUACGAUGUGUGACUAUUGCGGUGUUCGCUACUCCCAAGAUGUGGCACUUAGGAACGGAGCUGUAUGGGUAGAGUGCAUGAGCUGCGGCAAAUGGUACCACCAAGAAUGUACUGGCACAGAGUCGCCACAGUUCCUGUGUGAUAAUUGUGAUAAAAUUGACUUUUCAGGCACUGAUGACAGUGAUUGGGCACCUGAAUAG